AUGGCGGGGCCAUUCAUAUCGCCGCUGCCGGGCGAUCUGCUCACGGAGUACAUGUUCGGCCGGAGGCGACAGCGCCGCAACCGGACCACGUUCACGCCACAGCAGCUGCAGGAACUGGAGGCGCUCUUCCAGAAGACACACUAUCCGGAUGUCUUUCUGCGCGAGGAGGUCGCGCUGCGCAUCAGCCUCAGCGAGGCGCGCGUCCAGGUUUGGUUUCAAAAUCGUCGCGCCAAGUGGCGUAAACAGGCGCGUCUCCAGCUGCUGCAGGACGCUUGGCGGAUGCGCUGCCUCAGCCUGGGCACGCCGCCAGUCAUAGCCGGCGGCGGCUCAAAUAGGCCGAGCAACGGAACAGCGGCCAGUGGUAACAAUCAAAUGCCAGAGAACUUAUCUGCGGGCGGUACAGCAGGCGGCAAGGAUGCCAUGAUCAAUGACGUGGGCGUCAACGAUGUGCCUCUGGCCAGUGGACAAGGCGCCAGCAAUUUUACAAUGAUGCAUCCGGCAUUCCAACAGCAGCAACAGCAGCCAACGCAUCCACAGUCCGAGCACGAUAAGCUAUCGAAAACCUACACGGAACUGAAGCUGUACAAGGAGCCGACUGCGCAUGGUGUUUCCCAAUUGGAUCUGGGCGGCAUGGCGGCCCUCGGCCCUGCCUCCGAUGAGGGCUCUGACGGCUCCGAUUCCGAGGAGAUAGAUCUGACCUCGGGUGCCUGCAUAGAUUUCUCACAGAGCAGCAAAUUGCAACAGCAGCAACAACAACAACAACAACAACAACAGCAACAACAACAACAACAGCAGCAGCAGGCGGCAGCUUUGGCGGCAAUACAGCCACAGCAGACCUCGAAUGGGGUGCACUAA